AUGGAACCUUCAACUAACUCCACCGAGCCCAUCAAUGUUGAUGCUUACGAGAUGCAAAAUGUACAACCCACACUACCACCACCAUCGGCACAACCAGAACAAGCCCCAGGAAAGUCAAGAGUUAGGUUCAACAGCUCUGCCAACGUCGAAGUCCCCCCUCCGACUCUCGAACCAGCCCACAGUUACAGUCGUGUGAGCGAAGCCGAUUCAAAAGAAACUCCCGCCAACCAGCACACAGCCGACGCAGAGGAGCUAUGGAGCGCACAUGUGGGCGGUCCAGCACGUGCCGAAACUUUCCAUGCACAGCCUUCAAAUGAAGUAGACCCUGAUGCUGCUUAUGCAGUCACAGGCAACAACAAUGGUGGCAUUUUCUAUCAGAUCCUCCAGGCGUACAAGACACCUGUGCCUGGCUACAACGACGCAUCAUCCGAAGCCAGCGCGGCCUCACCUCCAAACCUGACUGGAUCUUCAGGUGCCGGGACGCCAUCAAGACGAAAGUGGUACAAUGCAAACAAGUCGAUGCAGUCGACCGAGACAUUAGCAACACUCGUCGGAGCCUCAGCGAAACUUGCAAACCCUCAAGAUGAAAAGAAGAAUCCCGCUGCUGUACGACCACCCCAUAAGCGGACCAGCAGUGGCGGCCUGCUCACCAAGGUGUGGAAGGCGAAAGAGGACUCCGACGCCAAAAUCAAGAUACAUGUUGCCAACAUCCUCAAGCGACAGCAGUACAUUAUCAGAAUGUGCCGCGCCUUGAUGCUCUUCGGCGCACCAACUCAUCGUCUAGAGGAGUACCUCGCAACCACAGCCAAGGUUCUCGAAAUCAAUAGUCAAUUCCUCUACAUCCCCGGUUGCAUGAUCAUCUCCUUCGACGACAAUCUCACCCACACGGCUGAAGUCAAGAUCGUUCGCACUGUCCAAGGUGUAAACCUUGGUAAGCUCAAGGAUACCCACGACAUCUACAAGGAGGUGUUGCACGACGUCAUCAGCUUGGAUGAAGCUCUUGCCCGCCUAGAUGAAGUCAUUAAUGCAAAGGACCGUCACCCCCGCUGGCUCACCGUCAUCAUGUACGGUCUAGCCAGUGCGGCCGUCUCAGUCUUCUUUCAGGCCCGACUUAUCGACAUGCCCGUCAUCCUCGGUCUCGGCUGCGUGCUUGGUCUGCUACAACUAGUCAUCGCACCACUAUCCAAAACAUACAGUACAGUUUUCGAAAUCACAGCCACCAUCCUCAUGAGCUUUCUCGCCCGCGCAUUCGGUAGCAUCAAUAACGGCGAGCUCUUCUGCUUCUCAGCCAUCGCACAGAGCGCCAUCGCUUUGAUUCUUCCGGGGUGGCUAGUCCUCAGUGCUGCGCUAGAGCUUCAAUCCCGUGCUAUCGUACCCGGUUCCAUUCGCCUCGUCUUCGCAAUCAUCUACUCGCUCUUUCUCGGCUACGGCAUCACCGUCGGCACAGCCAUAUACGGCGCCAUAGAUUCAAACGCUACAAACGCAACACAGUGCAAGGACCCCUUGAACCCGUACUGGAACUUCCUCUUCGUCCCUCUCUACGUCUUCUUCACGACAUUCACCGUACAAGCCAAAUACAAGCAGAUGCCGGCUAUGAUCACCAUCGCCUUCGCCGGCUACAUUGUAAACUUCUGGGCCAGCAAGAAAUUCUCCUCUUCCGCACCUAUCGCAUACACAUUUGGUGCCUUCACCAUCGGCGUCUUGGCAAACCUUUACAGCAGACUGCGUCACGGUGUUGCAGCUGCCGUCCUCCUACCCGCCGUAUACGUUCAAGUACCAGGCUCCCUCGCGUCAAGCGGAAGCAUCAAUUCCGCUCUUCGAACAGCCUCUGCCCUAAUCAAGGGCUCACAAGCUGCUGCCGACGCAUCAUCCGACCACCUCAACGCCAUCGUCUUCAACGUCGCCGCCUCGAUGAUACAAAUCGCCAUCGGCAUUACCGUCGGUCUAUUCAUGGCUGCUCUCAUCGUUUAUCCAAUGGGUAAACGACGAAGUGGUCUUUGGACACUUUGA